AUGAAAUUCGGGUCUCAACUACAGAAAAAAUCUGUUCCUGAAUGGAAAUCUUAUAAUAUAGAUUAUAAUCAUUUGAAAUUCAAAAUUAGAAUAAUAACUGAUCAAUCUCAAAAGAUUAACAACACAUUACUCAUAAAAGAUUUAUAUAAUGAAUUUAUUGAACAAAUAGAUAUGGUUAAUUUAUUCCUAAACUCCAAAAUUGGUGAAAUUAAAAGAAGAAUCAUUUAUAUUGAAAAUACUAUUGAACAUCAAAUUAAACCUCAUAAUCAUGAAGAAUUUGAAAUUGAUAUUGAAAAUUAUUUAUACAAAAUAUCAAAUGAUUUACAAAAGAUUUCAAGAUUUAUAAUGAUUCAAAAAACUGCUAUAAGGAAAUUACUCAAGAAAUUUACAAAAUAUUCAAAUGACCAGGGUGAAUUAAAUUUAAAAAUUAAUAAAUAUUUAAUAUCAAAUUCGAAUUCUUUUAUUCAUUUAGAUUUAACUGGAUUAUACCUAGAGUUAGCUUUGAUUUAUGAUUUAAUAAGAGCUGAUUUACAAGCUUCUAUAUCACCUUCAAAUUCUCCAACUCCAACAAUACCAAAUAAUAAUAACCGCCGUCGUUCUUCAUAUAUUGAUCCAUCAACAAUUUUAAAUAAAAAUGAAUAUUUCCAAUAUGAAUCAAUAAAAGAAGGUAAUUAUUUAGAAAAAUUCCUUGUUCAUUAUGAUAAUUUACAAGAAUUGAAACUUUUCCUAUUGGCAAAUUUUUAUUUUGUUAAUCAAAAUGUUAGUGAAACAAGACAAACUAUUGAAUUGAAAAAACAAACUUCAAAAUUAAGUCUUCGAGAAAUUAUAAAUAAACAUUCAAAUUCUCAAGAAGAUUUAACUUUACAAGAUACAAAUAAUUCUAUAUAUGUUAAUAAUCAAGAUAACUUGGUGGAUGAUUCAACUUUAUUAGGUUUAAUAUUGGAUAAUGAGCAUACACAUCAUAAUAAUAGUAAUAAUAUAAUUGAACCUGGUUUAAUAAUUACAAAUUUAAAUCAUACCAAAAGAACUAUAUUAUUAAGUGCUAUUGGAGGAUUAAGAAAAAUUUCAUGUGUCUUGAUGAAUGAUUAUGAAUUCUUAGGGAAUUUAUUAAAAAGUUGUCUUGAGGGACAAUCAUAUAAAGAUUUUUAUAGUCAAAACUCAUUAAAAUUACAAUCAUUAUCAUCAUUAGAAAAAAUUUCAAUUGAAUGGAUUUAUUCCAAGAAUGUUAAACCAAUUUAUAAAUUUAAAUUUAAUGAAACAAAUUUUACAAAUUUAAAUGCAAUGAAAACUAUAUACAAGGAUUCAAAUUUUAAAUGUUGGAUAAAUUUAAAAUCAAAUAUCAAAAUUAAUGACUUAGAUUUAGAUCAAAUGGAAUGGACUGGGGAAAAUGAAUUCAAUUCAAUAAAUUUCCCAUAUGCCCUCUUGGAAGUCCGUUGGAAUUUACCAAAUAUUUCUCAUACAGUAUUGGAUAAAUUAUUUGAUAAUCAUUUAAUUUAUAAUAUUGAUCAAAGUUUUAACUUGUUAAAUUAUUAUAAAUUUACUCAAAAUAAAUUGUCCAUGAAUCCAUGUCCAAAAUGGUGUGAAAUUUUCCAAAAAAAUUUAGAUAUUAGAAAAUUACCACCAAGAUUAACCAAAAUUAAAAAUAAAUCAAAAUUAAACCUCAAGCAAGAAGAAAUAAAUGGGGGUGCUGGUUCUGUCUCGGGUGAAUCUACUGUCCAAUUUAGAUAUUGGAAUGAAUUUGAUAAUGGUUCAGAUUUUGAACAAGAUGAUGGUGGGUUUCUUAUUGAUAUAAAUGAUGAUUCAUCUCAAUGGGGGAAAAAUUCAAUUGAUUGGUUUUUACAAAAAUCCCUAAAUUUAUAUAAUUUUUUAGAAUCAUUUCAAAGUAAAGAACAAAUAAGACCAAAAGGUAGAUUAAUUAAUGAUUUAGAACAAGGUUAUGGUUCAUUAGAUUCUGAUUUAGAAUCUAUAAAUGAUGAUGGAUAUAAAAAUUUACAAACUUCAUUUUUUUUAUCAUCAUUAUCACUUAUAUCAUCAAUAAUUUCAUUGUUAUUAACUUCAAUUUCUAUUGGAAUUUUAACUUCAAUAUAUAAUUCAAAAUAUGAAGUGGAAAUUUCCACAUUAGUUAUGGGUAUAUUAAUUAUAACAAUGAUUUUAAGUUUAUUUUUAGGUGUUUUAUCAAUUUGUUUAAUUAUGAAUUGUGAUGAUCGUCCUGGUUUUAAUUUUUGGUUUAGUUGGAUUGUUUUCAUUAGUGUUACAAUUUUUAUUAUUGGUAGUAUUGGUUCAAUAUUUGGAAUUUAA